UACCCCUAAAAAGGUGCCUAGACUAGCUGCUGCACCAACAUCAACAUAUUAUUGAUUCUGUCAUAACUAUAAUCGACAUAAUCACGGUAUAUUUCUCCUCCGUCAAGGCCAAACAUGUCUAAACCAUCACGCAUUGUAGAACUAUCUGCGAGGAUAGCCGCCAACACAACUAAAGUCGAUGAUUACUUAGCAGCCCAUAACCUUCCCACACCAUCAUUCGAUGUAGAUGCCCCUCUUCAAUCAUUAGUCCCCGGAACCGAGCCCGAUAUCGCGGCCGCCCGCCAAGCCGUUAUACACGAUACCCUCGAGCUACAUCAGCUUAUGCUCGGCCCGCGUGAGCAUCUAUUCAGCUACUAUCCCACCCAUUUAUCAAGCCAACAGGUCAUCGUUCGGCACGGCCUAGCCCGUCUCGUCCCCAUCGACGGCGAAGUCACCUUCGCCGAACUAGCCGCCGCUGCGGGUUUAGGCGAGACACACGUACGCAAGCUGAUUCGCCACGCGAUCAGUCAGCGUAUUUUUAAGGAACCACGCCCGGGGUUCGUAGCCCAUAGUGCCAAUUCACGCCUACUAGCCGAGAAUUCAGAUGUCGCCGAUUGGGUUGGUUGGUGCGCCGAUGAAUCCUGGCUCUCCGCUUACCACACUAGCGAAGCUAUAACCCGCUGGCCUGCAUCAGAAGAACCGACUGAGACCGGCUUCUGCAUUGCAAACAAGACCAACCUCCCUAUGUACGAUGUUCUCGCCGCCAAUCCUGCACGGGCCGCUCGCUUUGCCGCUGGUAUGCGUUUAUACGCUGCGCGACCUGAUCUUCACGUCAGUCACAUCGUCAAUGCAUGGACGUGGGGUGAGCUGCCACCAGACGCUACGGUCGUUGAUGUCGGAGGCUCGCAUGGUGAAAUUGCGAUUACUCUAGCUCGUGCAUAUCCUUCAUUAAAUCUCAUUGUACAAGAUAUCAGCGAACAGACGAUUCGCGAGGCAGAUGCGCGCAAGCCGACGGAUGUGGGCGAUCGCGUGCGCUUCAUGAAGCAUGACUUCUUUAAUGAGCAACCUGUGGUUGGCGCCGACGUAUACCUCUAUCGCGGAUGCUUCCACAAUUGGUCCGACAAGUACGCCGUGCGCAUGGUACAGGCAUUAAUACCAGCGCUGAAACCCGGCACACAUCUAAUAAUUAACGACUACGUCGUGCCAAGAGCUGAUGAAUUAUCACCGGGGUUAGCACCGGCCAUACGAACCGCUGACCUUCAGAUGAUGACAUUAUUCAAUGCUGGCGACCGAGAACUAACUGAAUGGGAGAAUCUUUUCACGAAGGCAAGCCCUGGAUUUGAGUUCAAGGGUGGAAAGUCGUUCCCAGGCUCAGCGAUAUGGACUCUAGUUGCUGUGUGGAAAGGAGUCUAGAUGGCAUCAGGUGAUGUCGAGAUACGCUCUUCUGUCACAACAGGUCUCAAGUCGUCACCAAUUUGUCCUGAGGGCUUAGGGUAUCAGAUCUUCAUUUCAACGAGCUAGGCGCUCGUUUUGCGAACCAUAACCCCUAAAUCCGUCCCCCUACCACCUAGGUACUAAAGACAGACGCUCUACGGUAAUCUAUCGAAAGAAUGCAACAUAGAUACUACUUC